AUGCUCCGCCUGCGCCCCCAGCCCCGUCGCCUCCGUCUCCCGCGAGGUGCUUCGGGUUGCCGCACCCUGCACGACCAGGGCGUCUGGGGCUACCAGGCGCCGCAAGAGUUCACCCUGCCCGACUUCAGCCCUCAAGAGCUCGCCAACCGCGCCCGCAACGCCUCGCUCCUCCGCCUCGUCGAGAGCUACCGUCGCCAUGGUCACCGCGCCGCCCUCGUCGACCCGCUCGACCUCGCCAAGCGGCCAAACGUUCCCGCCCUCGACCCGAGACGGUACGGCUUCACCCUGUCGAGCGACGUGGCGGCCAACUUGCGCGACGAGUUCGUCAGCGACGUCAAGCCGCUCGAGCAGGUCAGCGCCGAGGGCGACAAGUUCAACGUCGAGGGCAUCCUCGACUUCCCCAAGAGCACCGGCGGCACGUCCGAGGAGCGCACGAUGGACGAGAUCGCGACUCGCCUCGCCGAAGUCUACUGCGGCGGCAUCGCCUACGAGUUCAUGCACCUCCCGAGCAAGCACGAGCGCCGGUUCCUCGAGACGAUGCUCGAGCAGUCGCACGCCAAGCCUCUCGAGCCCGAGGAGCAAGUCGCGCACUGGCAGCUCCUCGCCAAGUCGGAAAACCUCGACCACUUUCUCGCCAAGCGGUUCCCGAACGUCAAGCGCUACGGCCUCGAGGGCGGCGAGGCCAUGAUGGUCGUCUGCGCGACGCUCUUCAACGAGGCCAAGAAGGUGGGCGUCGACGACGUCGUCCUCGGCAUGCCUCACCGCGGCCGCCUCAACCUCCUCACCCAGCUCCUCGACCUCGACAUGAAGCUCCUCAUCCGCAAGAUGCGCGGCCUCCCUACUCUCCCGCCAUCGUUCCCCGCCUCCCAGUUCACCGACGACGUCCUGUCGCACCUGUUCACGACCACGCCCUACACCCCCCCUGGCGCCGCCGACCCGCUCACGGUCCACCUCCUGCCCAACCCGUCGCACCUCGAGACGGUUACGCCCGUCGCCCUCGGCUUUGCGCGCGCCCUCCAGGUCCCGUUCAGCGACACCGACUCGCUCGGCGAGCGCGUCCUGAGCGUCUCGAUCCAUGGCGACGCCGCAUUCGGCGGUCAAGGCGUCGUCGCCGAGUCGCUCAACCUCGCCAACCUGCCGCACUUUGCUGGAGGCGGCACGUGCCACGUCGUCGUCAACAACCAGAUCGGCUUCACCACGGCCUCGACGCAGAGCCGCUCGAGCUUCUACGCGACCGACCUCGCCAAGAUGAUCUCGGCCCCGAUCGUGCAUGUCACGGGCGACCGGCCCGACGACGUCGCGCGCGCCGUCAAGCUCGCCCUCGCGUACCAGCGCAAGUUCCGCAAGGACGUCGUCAUCGACCUGAUCGUGUACCGGCGACGCGGCCACAACGAGCUCGACGAGCCCGCCUUUACGUCGCCGACGAUGUACAACCGGAUCAAGAACCUGCCGUCGGUCGCCAAGCUGUACGAGGACCACCUCGUCGCCUCGUCGGUCCUGUCGUCGUCGGACGCCGCCUCGUUUCGCUCGUCGCACCUGGCCGCUCUCGACGCCGUCAUCCCCGAGGCCGACCCGACCAAGUUCACGCCGCCCGAGCUGCCCAUGCCUCGAGGGUGGGGCGACAUGCGGUGGCCUGUCGAGGGCGAGUGGGAGAAGCCGGUCGAGACGGGCGUCGACGAGCAGGUCCUGCGCGAGGUCGGCAUGAGGAGCGUCGAGGCGCCGAGCGACAUUACGCUCCACCCUCGCCUGGUCAAGAUGCACAUCGCCAAGCGCGUCCAGUCGCUCGAAAAGGGCGAGGGCCUCGACUUUGCGACGGCCGAGGCGCUCGCGUUCGGGUCCCUGCUGCUCGAGGGCGACCACAUCCGUCUGUGCGGGCAGGACAGCGGCAGGGGUACCUUCUCGCAACGGCACGCCAUCCUCGCCGACCAAGCCUCGGAGCGUGUCGCCGUCCCGCUCCAGUCGCUCGGCUCGCGCCCUCUCGCGUCAUCAUCUACGUCGUCGGGUCGCCCGGUUGGCUCGUUCGAGGUCGUCAACAGCCCGUUGAGCGAGUACGCCGUCGUCGGCUUCGAGCAGGGCGUCGCGUGGGUGUCGCCGAGGCUGCUGCCGAUCUGGGAAGCGCAGUUCGGCGACUUUCACAACACGGCGCAGGUCGUCCUCGACACGUACCUCGGCAGCGGCGAGACCAAGUGGGGCAUGCAGAGCGCCUUGACGCUGCUCCUUCCGCACGGCUUCGAUGGCGCCGGUCCUGAGCACUCGAGUUCCCGCAUCGAGCGCUUCCUCCAGCUCACGAACGAGCCCCUCACUCGCUCUCCCUUCGUCCCGAACAUGCACCUCGUCAACGUCACGACCGCGGCGCAGUACUUCCACCUCCUGCGCCGCCAGAUGCGCCGCGAGUACCGCAAGCCGCUCGUCGUCUUUUCGCCAAAGGGCAUCCUGCGCCUGCCGGCCGCCGCAUCGUCGCUCGCCGAGAUGGCGCCGGGCACGUCGUUCCAGCCCGUCCUCACGGAGCACGUCGACGACCCGAGCAAGGUCGAGCGCGUCGUCAUCCUCUCGGGCAAGCUUUACUACGAGCUCGUCAAGGAGCGCCAGGAGCACGGGCUCGACGGCAAGAUCGUCUUCAUCCGCCUCGAGGAGAUCUCCCCCUUCCCGUAUGCCGCCCUGUCGGCCGCUCUCGACCCGUUCCGCAAGACGGCGCGCUCCCUCAUUUGGGCGCAAGACGAGCCGUCGAACGCCGGCGCGUACACGUUCGUCGCGCCUCGCGUGCAGCAGGUGCUUCCUCGCGGCGUCAAGCUGCGGUACGUCGGGCGCGAGGCGAUGGCGACGGUCGCACCGGGCGUCAAGAGCUACUUUGAGGAGGGGAGGAAGAGGAUCGAAGCCGAGGUGUUCGAGGGUUUGUAG